AAAGUUCUGUUCUCGCAUUAAAAAGAAUUAAUAGUAAGUUACAACUUUCUUGUAACUGUUGAAAGAUUUUACAAAGUGAUAUAUGAUUUUAAAAAAUCCAAAAUUAUUGUGUUAAUAAUAAAAACUAUAUAAUGGUGUUAGGGCACCAGGGCCUAAAUAGUAUGUCAGGACCACCAUCGGGAAUACAACCAGCUCUUCAACUUGCUGCAGUAGCUGCACAUCUAGUUCCACGUUCGCGUUUAUCAUGGGCACCUUUUCUGCAAUUCGGUGUAGCGAAUCCAAUGCUCUUUGGUGCACCUUUCUUGUCACGACCUCACUUCAAUGGAACUCACUCAUCACAACUUAUAUCUGGAAAUAACAAUAAUACACAAUCAUCAGGAUUAUCAUCAAAUAGAAGUGUACAGAGUCAACAAAGUGAGGAUUCAAAUGAUGAAAGAGGCUCAACUGCUGAUGGGGAUGAGGAAAAUAAUUCAUCGAAACGAAGACGAUCUAGAACCAAUUUUAAUUCAUGGCAAUUAGAAGAAUUAGAAAGAGCAUUUACAGCUAGCCAUUAUCCUGACGUAUUCAUGAGAGAAGCUUUAGCAAUGAGACUGGAUUUAAAGGAGAAUAGAGUUGCGGUUUGGUUUCAAAAUAAAAGAGCAAAAGUUAGAAAACGUGAACAAACGAAAAAAGGACCAGGAAGACCAGCACAUAAUGCCCACCCUCAGACGUGUUCUGGUGAACCAAUACCACCCGAUGAAAUAAGAGCUAGAGAAAAAGCGAAACGAAGGAAGAAAAUUGCAAAGGCCAUUGAGAGACAAGCUCGAAAACUAAGAGCGAAAGGAAUUACAGUCGAUAUAGAGGCUUUAAGAUCAGAAUAUGUAGCACAGCAUCGAGGGCAAUUACUUAGUUCAGAUAGUGAAGAUAACGACGAAGAUCCAAUAGAUGUCGUUGGAGGAACUGACUUAACAGAUGAAGAGUCACAAGACUACACAACAUCACCAGACACACCACAUCAAAGAAAUGAAAGUGUGGAGCAUUUAAUGAGUUGCAAUUCAAAUAGUAAUGAUACUUCCAAGCACAGUUUUAGACCUAAUCCAUUUAGCAUUGAAAAUAUAUUAUUUAAGAAUACAUGAAAAAUUAUUCACCUACACAUAAGCAAUAAUUUUCAGUCAUCAAGUUUAAGAUACUAAAGGGUAAUCAGCAAUUAUUAAGUAUUUUCGUCUAAGUUAGAUUAUGAAUUAUAAAUUCAUAUAAAUUUCUAUGAAAUACCUAUAUCAAUCAGACUUACUUUAUGGGCCUUUAACAUAUUUUUCUUGAUAUUGUUGGGAAAAUUACUAGAUUUUUGUAGAUCAGUAUGAUAAAAAAGAGAACAUGAGAUUUCAUCCGAGGGUUACAAAUUGCAUAAUAACCUCAUGACGUGGCAUUUAAGCCUUAACACACAUUUUCACUAGGAGUGUGCUACGCAGUCUGUAAUAAAAACCUAAAUCCAGUUGAAAUUCGACUAGAAAUCUAGAUAAAUUUUCCCAAGAGUAACAAGCCGUGUUCAAAAAUCGUCUAAAAUUUAUGUGAAAAUAUUAUUGUUUCAGCAAUUGAAAUAACGGAAGCCCAUAUUAGCAAUUUAAUGUUAAUAUUAUUAUUUCUUUAGUAUCUUAAUCAUUUUUUGUCACAACAAUAAAAAUGGUGAAUCUUACUUAAUGUUGUGCAAUAAUAAGAGAAAUGAGAAAUAUGUUUUUUAAAAAAAAAGAAUUUGAAAAUCAGAUGAAACAUAUCUUUAUGUAUUUUGAGAAGACUUUUUUACCUUAUCUCAUUUGUUUAAUAGGUAG